AAGGUACAUAUUAUUUUUGGGCAGAAAGAAAAAACACCGAAUGGGUUAUUUCCAAAGCAGAAUUGGAAUUGAAAUCAAAAGAUUCUACACUAGUGAUUGUUAAAGAAAAAGUAUCAUCUUAACACUAUUGCAUACUGACUUUCGAAUAAAAUGGAGAAAAUGUUUGUUGGUUCUUCAAAAGAAAAGUUUUAUUAUCAUAAUACUUUAUUGUGUUUAGUGAGAGCCUUAGAAGGCAAAAAUAUUACUAUUGACCUUCGAAAUGAUUCAUAUAUAUGUGGAUGUAUUACAACUGUAGAUGGAUUUAUGAAUGUAUCUUUUGCCAAUGCAGUCUACUGUGAUCCACAAGGCAAUGAAUUCCAGUUUGAAAAUAUUUUUGUACAGGGCCGCAACAUUCGAUAUGUUCAUGUCCCAGAAACCAUGUCAAUGUUAACAAUAAUAAAAAAUGAACUGACUGGCCAUAAGCGAAGAGUUCCUGAUAAAAAGCUGAUUCAAAAAUCAAGAAAAGCAAAGAAAGCGCUUCGACAACAUAUGGAAACAGUUGCAUCCUUGGAUUUGUAGAUAUGUACCUAUCUGCCGAAUGUAUGAAUUACCACAAUACUGUAUUUAAGUAUAAAUAGGUAGGUAGUUAAUAAAUUUUUGAUUCUAA